CUCUGGCUUGCAUCUCACGCCGGCGUCCAGCGCCACCGAUGCCGAUCUCCAGCCUUUGUCCGGCCCAUGGAUCCCGAUGUGGAGCUCCACUGCGGCCCGAUCUGACGUGGGAGCGGCCAGAUCCGUGCGUCUCCGCCUCGCUCCGCGCGCCUCCAUGGUCCACCGUCUUCUCGAGCGCCGGUGCCGCGCUCAGCCGCCGCCGUCCCAUGCCAUGGUUGCCUCCCUCCAGAACGACCUGCCAUGGCCGCCUCCCUGCCUCUCCCGCAAGUGGGCCUCUGCACGACCAGAUCCGUUCCUCUGCGCCUCGCUCCGCGCGCCAUGAUGGUCCUCUGUCUUCCCGAGCGCCGGCGCCGUGCGCAGCCGCCGCCGUCCCAUGCCAUGGUCGCCUUCCUCCAGAACGCCGUGCCAUGGCCGCCUCCCUGCCUCUCCCGCAAGUGGGCCUCUGCGCCCCCGGCCUAGCAGAUUAAUGGAGGGCGCUGCCGACGUCGGGACAUGCCUCGGUUCACCUGCUUCCUGAUGUCCAAUUAUUUUUUGUUAUUGCUAUAUUCAACCUCAUCUCUGAAAGCCUA